AUUGCCGCCUCCUUCUUCUGCCGCUCCUGGUGCUGCUUGUGUGCUCGUUCGGUGCGGACCUGGUACCUCUUUUGUGAAGCGGCAGCUGAGAAGACUCCGGCGCUCGCCAUGGCCGACGAAAAACCCAAGGAAGGAGUCAAGACUGAGAACAACGAUCAUAUUAAUUUGAAGGUGGCGGGGCAGGAUGGUUCUGUGGUGCAGUUUAAGAUUAAGAGGCAUACACCACUUAGUAAACUAAUGAAAGCCUAUUGUGAACGACAGGGUUUGUCGAUGAGGCAGAUCAGAUUCCGAUUUGACGGGCAGCCAAUCAAUGAAACAGACACACCUGCACAGUUGGAAAUGGAGGAUGAAGAUACAAUUGAUGUGUUCCAGCAGCAGACAGGCGGUGUCUUCUGAAAAGGGAGCCUGCUACUUUACUCCAGAACUCUGUUCCUACAGACCAAGAAUACAUUCUUAAUUAGAAAACCACAAUUCGGUUCUACCGCAUCCUGACUACUACAGUAUAGUUUUCUCUAUUCUUUCAUUUUCCCUCCCCCAUUCCUUUAUUGUACAUAAAGUAACUGGUGCAUGUGCACAAGCAUAUUGCAUUUUUUUUUUUUUUUUUUAACUAAAUGGCCAAUGGUAUGUUUUGAUUGACAUCGAGUGGAGAUGGGAUGGGGACAAAUACUGGUUCUGUGAAACCCCCCCCUUUCUCCAUCAGUGGCAUGCUCACUCAGCUCUUACCUUUCUAUUCCAGUAAGUUAUUUUGCUUUCAUUGUUUAAUGAAAACAACGACAUAAAAAAAAAAAAAAAAUCCUUGCAUACCUUGUUCGAUUGGAAAAUUUUAAUGUUUUUCAUUUAUCAUUGUAAAACCAAGGACAAUUUUAUAACUUUUUUGUACGUAGCUGUUACAUGUAGGGCAAUCUGUCUUUACGUAGGGGUAAAUUACUCUAAAAGAAAUGAAUCCUAGAUAGUUUUCCCUUCAAGUCAAGCGUCUUGUUGUUUAAAUAAACUUCUUGUUUAAAAUGA